AGGAAAGACUGCAUCUAAAAGUGAAUGAUGUUCACAUCCCAAGUUGUUUUUGUCAAGAUGCUGUUGCAGAUGUGCUUCAGCAGCCUGCACAGAGUCUUAGCCGGCGCUUGGGAGAAGGUGUUCGGCUGGAAGGGAAUCAGCGGUGGAGGGGGACGAGCGGGGCGAGUGGCGCACCGGUCAGCGACACAGAGCCACAUCAAAGCGGACGAGAGCGAAGCAGCCACCCCGAAAACACCCACUCCCACCAGCGUUAAUUACCAUUUCACGCGCCAGUGCAACUACAAGUGCGGGUUCUGCUUCCACACAGCCAAAACCUCAUUUGUCCUGCCGAUUGAGGAAGCUAAGAGGGGUUUACGUUUACUUAAGGAGGCAGGAAUGGAGAAAAUCAACUUUUCAGGAGGCGAGCCCUUUUUACAUGAAAAGGGGGAGUUCUUGGGGAAACUUGUGCAGUUUUGCAAAGAAGAUCUUCGGCUCCCAAGUGUUACUAUAGUAAGCAACGGCAGCAUGAUCAGAGAGAAGUGGUUUCAGAAAUAUGGAGAAUAUCUGGACAUUCUUGCGAUCUCCUGUGACAGUUUCGAGGAGGACACCAACAAGCUGAUUGGUCGGACCCAGGGCAGGAAAAGCCACCUUGACAACUUGUACAAAGUGCGGAACUGGUGCACGGAGUACAAAGUGGCCUUUAAGAUCAACUCGGUGAUCAACACGUUCAACGUGGACGAGGACAUGCGCGAGCAUAUUUCAGAGCUCUGCCCCGUGCGCUGGAAGGUGUUCCAGUGCCUGGUCAUUGAGGGGGAGAAUGCAGGGGAGAAUGCACUGAGGGAGGCAGAAAGGUUCGUCAUCAGUGACCAGCAGUUCCGGGACUUCCUGGAUCGCCACAGUGACAUUGGGUGCCUUGUCCCAGAGUCCAAUCAAAAGAUGAGAGAUUCAUAUCUCAUUCUGGAUGAAUACAUGCGUUUCCUUGACUGCACAGAGGGCAGGAAGGACCCCUCGAAAUCCAUCCUUGAUGUGGGGGUUGAGAAUGCCAUUCAGUUCAGUGGCUUCGAUGAGAAGAUGUUUCUGAAGAGAGGCGGGAAGUACACAUGGAGCAAAGCGGAUAUGAGGCUGGAGUGGUGAACUGCA